UAGGCAGCCACGACUGGCACAGGCCACAGAUAACCUUAUCGUCCCGAUUCGUACGGUCCUUUAACACGUGUUAAAAGUUUAAAAUUUUUUGUUAAGCUUGUGAUUAACAAGUUCAAUACAUUUUAGUUCAUUAUAUUAUUAUUAAAGUAGUUCUAUCAUCGAAGCGGUCAGUUAUAAUAUGUUGAUUUGAAAAGCAUGAAAUUGAAUCAUUUCCAGAAAGUCUUCAUUGGAUGGUCAAUUGUUAUUACCGGUGGUCUUUAUUCAUUUGUCCUAUCGAAGCGAUAUGUCGAUUCCAAGCGUUAUGAUAGUAUGAAAGCUAGAGAACGUAUACGAGUAUCAAACAUUGGAGAAUACGAUCCUAGUUCAAGGAAAUUCUAAUUACAUUGUUCUGAAAAAAAUAUACAAUUAUGGCUGGAACACAAGUACAAAUACCACAGAACCUUACUACCUUGCAACAAGUGGAAUUAGACAUGAUGGCCGAUAUGUAUGGUCGUAUGACCGAAACAUGCAGAAAGAAAUGCGUCAAGCCAGAACAUAAGGCGGGUGAACUGAAUAAAGGAGAAAGUGUAUGUUUAGAUCGAUGCAUUGUCAAAUAUUUCCAAAUGCAUGAGAAUGUCGGCAAAAAUUUAAGGCUUGAUUUUAAUGCCAAAUAAUUAUAUACAUAGUACUAUUUUUAGUGAAGCUCAUACUAUUAUGGAAAAAAAAAUGUAUUUAAAUUUCUUAAGUAUAAGAUCAAAUUGAUUGUAAGUCAGGUUAAAUAGUUGAGCUAGAUUAAAUUGAUUAUUUUGUAUUGUAUUAAACUGGUCAACAUAAUAAAUGUAGAUACUUAA